AUGGCUCAGACAAGCACCACUCCGGACAGAACUGCUGUGGAGCAGGCGACGGACAAUGCCUUGGCGAAAAGAGUAUUGCGAAAGAUUGACAGGCGAUUAGUGCCCCUGCUGUUCAUUACAUACAUGCUCAAUUUCAUGGAUAAAACGAUACUAUCAAGUGCGUCCGUGUUUGGACUUUCUGAUGGCACCGGGUUAAUUGGCCAACAGUAUAGCUGGGUAUCCUCAAUCUUCUACUUUGGCUACCUGGGGUGGGCCUAUCCGACCACCAUGCUUAUUGCGCGUCUGCCCGUCGCUAAGUACUUGGCGGCCAACACGCUAUUAUGGGGUGCUGUGGUUGCCCUCACUGCAGCCUGCACCAACUUUGGGGGUCUUAUGACCGUUCGCUUCUUGCUCGGAGUCGCUGAAGCAACUAUUACACCAGCAUUUAUGUUUAUUACGUCGACCUGGUACACGCGCGAUGAGAUUCCCACCAGGACAGGUCUGUGGUUUGCCGGCAAUAGCGUUGGUGGCAUCGCUGCCAGCCUCCUCGCCUAUGGCCUAGGGCACGUCAGUGACCAUGUUGGGCCGUGGAGGUGGAUGUUCAUCGUCCUCGGCCUCUUAACUUUUCUCUGGGGUUUUGCUAUCUGGAUAUUGCUACCAGAUUCGAUUUCAAAGUCAAAAUUUCUGUCGGAAGAGGAACGUCAAUUUGCAGCUAACAGGAUUGUUGUUGCGGGCACGGGUGCAACGGAGAAGACUGUUUGGCAGUGGAAUCAGGUCGUCGAGUGCCUUAUGGAUCCGAAGACCUGGCUUAUCUUUGGACUAGAGCUUUUGACUCAAAUCCCAAAUGGAGGUACUCAGAACUUUGCAAAUAUCGUUAUUGUCUCGUUCGGGUUCACGAGUUUGCAGUCGACGCUGAUCACUAUCCCUUACUCGCUCAUUACCGUUGCCGCUAUCACUGGCACAGGCUGGCUUGCUGGUCGUUUCCGCCAAGUCAACUGCCUACUAAUCGUUGCCGUUGUGAUCCCUUGCGUCAUCGGCAGUGCAAUAAUCUAUUCCCGUGCUCACAUCGUCCUGGGUAUCCAAUUAUUUGGAUAUUUCUUGCUGUCCACUGGGCCGGCGGCGAUGCCGCUCGCUCUGUCGCUUGUGCAGGCCAACUACCGCGGGGUAACGAAGAAAAUGACAGUGACGGCAAUGCUCUUCCUAGCAUACUGCGCUGGAAAUAUUUCUGGGCCACAGUUCUUCCUUAGUAGUGAGGCACCAACUUAUAACACCGCUUUCCGCGCUAUCAUGAUCUGCUACGCCUUAGCUGUUAUGCUAGCGUUAGUUCUACGCUCUUACCUGCAAUGGACGAAUGCUAGCCGUGUGCGCCAAGAGGGGUUUGAGGGCAGCGCUGGAAAUGCAGGCGCUAUUGGUGGCGGUAAGGUGCUAAAUGUCGAGCCCAAUUCGAAAAAUGUGGUGGAUGUGAUGAACCAGGUUCAGCUGGUAUCGGAUGACUAUGAAGAUAUCACAGACUGGAAAACACCAGGCUUCAGAUACCGUUACUGA